AUCUACAUCUUUAAAAUUCAGCACGUUCAAUAUAAUUUUCUACUAAAAAUUUGCACACGCACGCAUCCAAUUGACCACAAUAACUUAUAAAUGGGCUCAGAAAGCGUCACAAUAGAGCUGCCAGGAGCUGGCGUGCGGCCAUGGGAACAACUCUUGCGCGAUGUGCGAGAGUUGGAGAUGCGUUUUGACAUGCAAAUUGCCGAAUACAUGAAGUUUGUGCAGCCAACGAGCCCCCGGGCGACAAUUUCAAGUGGCUCGGCAAGAAACGCAGCCAGCAGACAGAGCUGCUUGCGGCUAGAAAGCGAGCUAAAUACGGUACUCGGCGACCUCAACGCGGUUAUCGGAGAAAUGGGCGAAACAGUGCAGCAGCAGCGUGGGUCGGCGCGGGUGUUGGAACGCCACCAGGGCAUGUACGCCGACUAUGUACGAGAGUUCCAGAGGUACAGGACAAACGUGCAGGCGUCGCUUGCGCGGGCAGAACUUAUGGAUGGCAGUCAGGGCACCGGUGUGUCUGGCAAUAUUGGUGAUAGGGAUCGGCUGGUGAUGGAGCGCAGUAGGAUAGACCAGGCGCACACUGAUAUUGAUAUGGUUUUGGACCAGGCAUUCAGCGUGCGGCAGGAUUUGGCCGAGCAGAGAUCGAUGCUUGGUGGGGUCACGUCACGCAUGGUCGAUGUCACCGAGAGGAUACCAGGCGUCAAUCUGCUGCUCGGCCGCAUUCGCUCACGGAAACGCAAGGAGAAAGUCGUUCUGGCCAUCACCAUGGCCAUUUGCAUAUCCAUUUUGUUAUUUGUAUGGUCCGGCUAAAAAAAACCUUGGUCCACAA